AUGGCACCUUCUCGGGUGGCAGGAGGUUUAGCCCAAUCAUCGUCGAGUUCUGGAAUUUUCUUUCAAGGAGAGGGACAGUCACAUAAUUUAGUUAACUCUCACUUGAGCUCGUCUUUAGUUAACUCGUCUAACACUGUACCUGGAACCGGUCAUUCCAAUCUCGGCCCAGUUCCCGGGGAUAUGAACAAUGCAAUUUUGAACAGUGUUGCAAACUCAGCACCAAGUGUUGGAGCUAGUUCUUUAGUCACGGAUGCGAAUUCUGCACUCUCUGGUGACCGCCAUAUGCAAAGAAGUGCAAGCAUUAAUGGAGACUCGUAUUUAAGAUUACCUGCUUCACCAUUGUCAUUCACAUCGAAUAAUAUUAGUAUUUCUGGGUCACCUGCAAUGGAUGGUUCCUCAGUAGUACAGCAGAAUUCUCAUCAAGAUCAGAAUGCUCAACAAUUGCAGCAGAAUCAACAGAAGCUGCAGGGUGCUUCAAGUUCUAUGCAUUUACCUGCUUCUCAAACUGGAUCGUCUUCGCAUCAAAUGGGUGCCCAAGUUGCAGGAUCUUUCAUUCAAGAUCCAAAUAGUAUAUCCCACUUGCUGAAAAAGCGUAGGCUGGAUAUCAAACCAGAUGAUAUAAUGCAACAACAGGUAAUACAGCAGCUUCUUCAGAGACAAGACCCCACACAGUUCCAAGGCCGUAAUCCACAGUUACAGGCUAUGUUUCAGCAACAGCAUAGGCUUAAGCAACAACAAAUCUUCCAGUCAUUGCCCCAGGCCCAGCGGAUGCAAUUGAUACAACAACAGCAGCAACAGCAACAACAGCAGCAGCAGCAAAUGCAGAGGCAGCAAAUACAACAGCAAAUGAUGCAGCCCUCGGCUGGUGUGAAGCGUCCAUAUGAUGGUGGUGUUGGAGGCGUAUGUGCCCGUCGAUUGAUGCAGUAUCUCUAUCAUCAAAGACAGCGACCAAGUGAUAAUAGUAUUGCAUAUUGGAGAAAAUUUGUGGCUGAAUAUUACUCUCCUCGUGCAAAGCAACGCUGGUGCUUGGCAUUGUAUAGUAAUGCUGGACACCAUACAGCUGGUGUUUUACCGCAAGCAACUACACAUGCUUGGCACUGUGACAUAUGUGGAGCUAAAUCUGGAAGAAGGGGAUUUGAGGCAACUUUUGAUAUACUACCCAGACUUAAUGUUGUAAAAUUUGACGGUGGUGUGAUCGAUGAACUGUUGUUUCUGGACUUGCCACGGGAAAUAAGAUUUGCGUCUGGUUUGAUGAUGUUAGAAUAUACAAAAGCAGUUCAAGAGUGUGUGUACGAGCAACUUCGUGUUGUUCGUGAAGGUCAACUUCGUAUCGUAUUUACUCAAGACCUAAAGAUAUUUUCUUGGGAUUUCUGUGUAAGGCGCCAUGAAGAACUUCUUCCUCGAAAGUUAGUCGCCCCACAGGUCAACCAAUUAGUUCAGGUAGCUCAAAAAUGCCAAAGUACAAUUUCUGAAAGUGGGUCAGACGGGGUUUCUCAGCAUGACUUGCAAUCAAACAGCAACAUGGUUCUAACUGCUGGCCGUCAGCUUGCAAAGAGUUUGGAGCUACAAUCACUAAAUGACUUAGGCUUUUCAAAAAGAUUUGUGAGAACAUUGCAGAUUUCUGAGGUUUGCAAUAACAUGAAAGAUCUAAUUGAUAUCAGUUCUGAUCAAGAUAUUGGAGCAAUUGAGAGUUUAAAAAAUUAUUCUCAAUUUUCAAGUGCGUCAAAGCACCAAAUGCAAAAGAUGCAGGAGUUGGAACAGGCAGCAAAUGUUCAAGGUCUCCCAUCUGAUCGAAAUACACUUAAUAAGCUGAUGGCAUUGAAUCCUGGAUCAAACAAUCAUAUAACCAAUAAUCACAAUAUGGGUAAUCGGGGUGCUUUGUCUGGGCCAUCACAAGCUGCUUUGUCGAUGUCCAGUUAUCAGAAUAUUCUCAUGAGGCAAAACUCAAUGAAUUCAAGUCCUAGCUCACUUCAUCGAGAAGGCUCACCUUUCAAUAACCCGAACCAAAGUCCCUCGACAGCUUCUUUGCAAGGUGCUGCUGCUGCUGCUAUAAUCCCCGGCUCCAUGCAGAAUUCACCUCACAACAGUAGUGGUGGUUUCUCAAAUCAACAUAUAUCCGCACAACAGCGGCAGCAGCAGCAGCAACAACAACACCUUCAACAACGCUCGUUAAGUGCGAAUAACUUACCUCAACAAAAUCACUCACAAGGACCUCAAGGAAAUCAAUCACUGCAACAUCAGAUGAUCCAGCAACUACUGCAAGAUAUGUCAAAUAACACCGGUGGGGGAGUGCAACAACAAUCUCAUAGUGGACCCAAUGGGAAUAAUAUGGCAAAAAAUAAUUUGGGUUUUGCGGGUCAAACUCCACCCACAACCGGAGGAGGCGGCGGCUCUGCCAGCGGUCCAGCAAAUAAUGGACCUGUUUCAAGGAGCAAUAGCUUCAAAGCAGCGUCAAAUAGUGAUUCUUCUGCAGCAGCUGGUGGCGGAAGCAACACUGGUUUCAACCAGAGGUCAUCUGACAUGCCGACGCAGAAUCUUGCAUUGCAAGACAUGGCUUCGGAUUUCGCCAAUGAUUUUGCCGAUAACCCCUUCUUUAACAGUGAUCUAGAUGAUAACAUGGGUUUUAACUGGAAGACAUGA